AAGAUCAUUGCCCCUUUUCCCAUUAUACUCGUUGACGCAGCCCUGAAAUUUCAUAUUUCCAACCAAAUCUAUCUAGAUAUUAGAUACAACAUCUCGAAAUUUAUCUUUAAAUUUAUCUUUUAUACAAUGACCAGAGUCAACGGCCUCGAAGUUUACACCUAUGAGAAUGGAGAUGAUGUACCUGUUCCCGAAAACUCGGAAAGGUUCCAGAUAGUAGAGGCUAUUUCACACCUAGCAUUGGCAGUCCACGAGAGCCCAGAAGGAAGGAGGAGACUUGUCCAAGUUGCAACCGAAGUCGUUAGACAACGAAACCACCCAGGAAAAGGAAAGCCACCUGUUCCCCAUAUAUAUAACCACCCGAUCGAGGAGAUGCCUCAUUGGAUUGACGUGUUCCUCCGGAGGAUGAGGGCCAACUUUCCCGGCGUAAGGUUAAAUCGGACGGACGGGGAAGCGGCGGCGCAGAAGAAAACCUGGGGCACCGACAUGAACCGAUGGGACCCUAAAGAAGCUGGAUUUUUCGAAUUCCAGAUAAUGAUCAUUAACAACAUGAUACACGCUCGGCGACUGGAGCCCAACGUUGCCCGACUCAAUUAUUCACGAUUCAAGUUUCAAAUGGUGAUUUCAGUUGCUCAUGAGAUGGUCCAUCUUCUUGUUGGCUAUCUAACUGGAAGUCACAGUCCACCUACACCACCGGGAGUUACCUUGACGCCAUUCGGUAACACGGUGUCAGGCGAAUCUGGACGCUAUUGGGAAUCUAUUCUCCUCGGUGGCGUAGUCGAGUUUUAUCAGGAUCGCAACGAUCCCCUGGAAGCAAGGCAAGCCGGUGUCCCAUGGCUGAUCCAGGACGGUCGGAACAACGUAUCGGCUCGUAUGGUUUCUAUGGACUAUAUUAAUCGUUUUUUGAAUGGAAAUUUCCUAUUCCCAGUCCGCACCUCUAGUAGCGUCCCAGAGACUGAUCGCAAUGGACUGCGCGGCAUUAGCCCAGAGAUGGCAGAUGUGCGCGCUCGUGCAGCGAGACGUCGCAAUAAUCCAGCAGACGCAUCUCUCCAAGUUGGAUCUAGUAGUGCAAACUCCACUAUGUCUUAUCGUAGGCCGCCGCAAGGGGACCAGAGAUAUGCCGGGUAUUUCCCACCGCAAGAUCCAUAUGGGUCCAGUCAAGCUGGGCCUUCAUACACCAAUUCUUCGACGUCGAGGUAUGAUUACGACAACUAUAACAGGGGUUAUGGGGGGUACGGGCACCGGAGGUAGUUCAUCCGGUGAGAUUUUCCUCCCUAAAAUUGUAUAGGUAGCUUAGCAGGACGAGUUGGAUAUUUUGGACUUUGAAUUUUGGAUAUGUCUGUAUAGAUGAGGUAGGUACCUAGGUAUUGAUUAGUCAAUUGUUGCUUCAAGUUUAAUCUUACCAUGUAAGCCUUAAGAAGAAUGCUAUCUGUGCUCCGGAAAUAUUCUUGGAAAAGCUGGACUACAAAAAUAAGACAGAUUCCCAAGUAGUAAGAGU